GAUAAAUGUUGUAGUAAAAAUUAAGCAGAUUUUAAUCAAUUACUUUUCAAUAUUCUUAUUUCUCACGAAUUUAGUAAUAAAUUUUAAAGAUGUUCUUUGAGGAUGAAACUGCAAGAACUGUUGUAGGAAUCAUUGGGAAUGUCGUCUCCUUGGUUUUAUUUCUUUCUCCUAUUCCGACAUUCCGCAAGAUAGUAAAGCAAAAGGCGGUACAAGAAUUCAAACCGGAUCCUUAUUUGGCGACAGUUUUUAACUGUGCAAUGUGGACAUUCUAUGGCCUGCCUUUCGUCAAAGAAGACAGCCUUUUAGUCGUUACAAUUAACUCCGUUGGUUUGGUCAUCGAGUUCGUUUAUGUCGCCAUCUUCUUCUACUUUGCAACUUCCCAUAAACGAAGGAAGAUCGGCAUAGUACUUGCUCUUGAGUUGGUCGCGAUGGUUGCUGUCGUCCUCAUUGCUAUGGGGUUAAUGCACACCAACAAGACAAGAUCAUUGUUUGUUGGAAUAUUAUGUAUCAUUCUCAAUGUAAUUAUGUACUCUUCUCCAUUGACCGUCAUGAGGAUGGUGAUUAGAACAAAGAGCGUCAAGUACAUGCCGAUUUAUCUAUCCUUGGCUAGCUUAGCCAACGGUGUGAUUUGGGUGGCUUAUUCGCUCCUUAGAUUUGAUAUCAACAUUGUGAUUCCUAAUGGUUUGGGAGCAUUGGCUGGAAUAGUACAGAUAAUACUAUAUGCAACAUACUACAAAACUACUAAUUGGGAUGAAGACUCCACACAGAACAGAGCUGAAGUUCAACUACCUGCUUCUAAUGUUUAAUCUCAAAUUCUGUAAUUUUUUAAUCUAGUUUUUGUGCAACUUUUAUUGUAUUAUCAAUCUAAUUAGUGUAAAUGACAGUUUGUUUGUUUUUUUUUA